UGUGUUGUGCAUCCCAAUUUAACAAUUUUUAAUCUUAUGUGGUGAUAUAAAGUUACUUUAAAUCAUGGCGACGGGUGCACGCACCGCUGUGUCGCAAAUAUUGCGCAACAAAGACGAUGUUGGUGAAGAGGAAGAUGAACCAAAGAAGAAGUCCAGGGAAGACUGGAGAAAGGCUAAAGAGCUUGAAGAAGCUCGUAAAGCUGGUACAGCACCUGCUGCUGUUGACGAAACUGGCAAGGACAUAAACCCCCACAUUCCGCAGUACAUAUCGUCUGCACCAUGGUAUUAUGGAACUGCUGGGCCUACCCUCAAGCAUCAGAGGCCACAGGAGGACAGAGAGGCUCACUUUACUAAGCUUGAUACCUACUACCAUAAGGGAGUUGAUACUACAAAAGUAGCAACAAAGUAUAGAAAAGGAGCAUGUGAGAACUGUGGAGCUAUGACACACAAGAAGAAAGAUUGCUUGGACAGGCCUAGAAAGAUAGGUGCAAGAUUCACUAACGCAGGUAUCGCAGCGGAUGAGUUUGCGCAGCCCAAUCUAAACCUCAGCUAUGAUGGCAAGAGGGACAGGUGGAAUGGUUACGAUCCUCUCCAGCAUAAGGCUAUCAUUGAGGAGUAUCAGAAAGUUGAGGAUGCUAAGAGAGAGCUUAGGGCUAAGAAAUUGGAACAAGAUCCCACAGCCACAGAGGAUGAUGACAAUGCUGAGGAAGAUGAGGACAAAUAUGUAGACGAAGUUGACAUGCCUGGUACUAAGGUAGACUCGAAGCAGCGCAUCACAGUGCGUAACUUACGUAUCAGAGAGGACACGGCGAAGUACCUGAGGAACUUGGACCCUAACUCUGCCUACUACGAUCCCAAGACUCGUUCUAUGAGAGACAAUCCUAAUCCCGUGGCUGUAGAAUCAGACUACCAAGGCGAGAACUUCGUCCGGUUCAGCGGCGACACGGCGGUGCACGCGGCGGCGCAGCUGUUCGCGUGGGAGGCGCAGGCGCGCGGCCUGGACGUGCACCUGCUGGCCGAGCCCACCAAGCUGCAGCUGCUGCAGCGACAGUACCAUGAUAAGAAGGACCACUUCAAGACGCAGGUGAAACAGUCAAUCUUAGAGAAGUAUGGAGGCGAGGAGCAUUUGGCCGCACCACCUAAGGAAUUGCUGAUGGCUCAGACAGAAGUGUUCACUCGGUACAACAGAGACGGAACAUUAGUGCAGGGACCUGAGAAACAGCUCGCUAAGAGUAAAUACGAAGAGGAUGUGCUGAUAAACAAUCACACGUCUGUGUGGGGGUCGUACUGGCGCGACGGACAGUGGGGGUACAAGUGUUGCCACUCUUUUAUAAAGAUGUCAUACUGCGUUGGUGAAGCAGGAAAGUCUGUGGUUCUAGAAGUUUCUGAAGACAAAGCUGCGACUUCACAAGAACACACAGAUAAGAAAGAGAAUGCUGAAAAAGAAAAGUCAGACAAAUCAUCAUCAUCGUCAGAAUCAAGUUCAGACAGCAGUUCGUCAGAAUCGGAGCAGGAAAUCAGAUCGAAGACAGAAAAGACCAGUAAGAAGAAGAAGAAUAAAAAGAAAGCUAAAAAGAAGAAGAAGAAGGAACUCAAGAAAGAAAAGCGAGAGGAAGAUAAGCUGAAAAAGGCUUUGGAACUGGAAGAAAGGUCACAGAAACGUGCUGAAUACCUCCUGUCAGUGGACGAGAGGAAACGCCCUUACAACAGCAUGUUCGAAGUAAAGGCGCCCACGGAAGACGAACUCGAAGCGUAUAAGAUGAAGAAGAGGCGGGAAGAAGACCCUAUGAGCCAGUUUCUAUGAUCUAUGUAAAUAAGGCAAUAAAUUAUAAAUUAACCUAAAAAAA